UUCUCCUCCGUAAUCCCAGCAUAGUUGUCUCCUCGACCGACCGGAAUCGCUACCCUGACGCUCCCCAAAACGUGCGUGAGAAAAUUUCCAAAAUUGGAAAAAAAAUCACAACCCUCAGAAGCGCGUUAUCACGACUCAUAGAAAAAGUAAUCGUCGGCACGGUCGCAUCAUCCCCGACACUCCGGGGAUAUUCCAUCCCGUUAUACUAGACCGUGGGGUUGUGACGCCAGUACUGCGCCAACUCCACUUCAGUGUCCAUUCUCGUCUCAAUGAUAAUUUACCUCUUGAAAAUCACAUUUAUCCGGUGAUUUUUUUUCACACCAAAAACCCCUCGGGAAUUCGAAUAACGUGUCUCAGUGAUUAAAGGUAUUUCGUUGAGGUUUAAAUAUUGUGUAAUUACAUCGGUUAUUGGAUAUUAGUUGAGAUAUUAACUCCUGGGGCCAUCGGCGUCGCAGCCCAGGGCAUACGAGUCAAACAAAAGGAACAUUUUCACGGAUAUCCCCUUUUUUCAGUUAUAGUACAAUCGUCGUAUUUUUUUUCUCACCGAUAAUUACACCUGGGUGUUUAAUGUUUUAUUAAAAAAUGAGUGAUUACUCAGCGGUAGCUCCGCCACAAAAUUUCAGCCAGAGCUCGGCUUUUGCCGCGGCUCUACAGCGUGCCAAACAGAUUGCAGCUAAAAUAAAUCCAGGGGGUACACAGAGUUCGGAGGGCAAACUAAAGCGGUCACUUGAGGAUGGCCCAGGUAUGAUUCACGAUGUAGAACCUGAGGCCAAGAAAUUAGCACCCGAUCCUCUAAUGAACCUUCGUGCACCAUCAAUGGGAGAUCCAAGCAGUGGACGAUCAAGUUCUCUGGCUUCGUCACCGCCUCAUGGAGUCAGUGGUAUGGGUGGUAUCUGCAAUGAAGAUAUUCGAGUCCCUGAUAAAAUGGUUGGAUUGAUAAUUGGAAGGGGCGGCGAACAAAUAACGAGAUUGCAAAGUGAAACAGGAUGUAAAAUACAAAUGGCGCCCGAAAGUGGCGGUCUACCGGACCGUGUUUGCACUCUAACUGGUUCACGAGAGGCUGUCAAUAGGGCGAAGGAUCUGGUGCUAUCAAUCGUCAAUCAGAGGUGCAGGGCUGAGGGAAUUGGAGAUAUGAACAUUGGGGGAAAUUCCAGUGGCAGCUCUGGUGGUGGAGGUGGAGGUGGUGGCGGAGGAGGAGGAGGAGGAGGUGGUGGUGGAGCUGGAGCUGGGGCUGGUGGAUCCAUGAUGAGUGGACAUCCUGGAUCAGUUGAGAUCAUGAUUCCUGGCCCCAAGGUUGGACUCAUCAUUGGAAAGGGCGGGGAGACUAUCAAGCAGCUCCAGGAAAAAUCUGGAGCCAAAAUGGUGGUCAUUCAGGAUGGACCUUCUCAAGAGCAGGAAAAACCACUCAGAAUAACUGGCGACCCCUCGAAAGUGGAAUAUGCGAAGCAAUUGGUUUACGAGUUGAUAGCGGAGAAGGAGAUGCAGAUGUUCAGAGGUCCCAGAGGUGGUGGUGGCCCUCCAGGCUCCAAUGAUCGUUCUGGAAGUUUUUCCAGUGACAAUGGAUACAACCAUCCCUCGUCAAAUGCCGAUGGAGUUGAGGUUCUCGUUCCUCGAGCAGCUGUUGGUGUUGUUAUCGGAAAAGGUGGUGACAUGAUUAAGAAAAUUCAAUCCGAAACUGGGGCACGAGUGCAGUUUCAACAGGGACGUGAGGAUGGGCCUGGGGACAGGAAGUGUCUGCUCUCUGGAAAACCUCAGGCAGUUGAACAAGCUCGCCAGAGGAUCCAAGAGCUCAUCGACAGUGUAAAUAGGAGAGACGACAGAAAUCCACAGGGACCCAGAGGACCCAGGGGCAAUGGCUUCGGCGGUGGACGUCCCAAUGAAUAUGGAGGAUGGGACAGGCGUCAAGGGGGUGGGGGACCUCCUGGUGCUGGAGGUGGACCCAUGAAUGAUAAAAUCGAAACUACGUACAAUGUACCUUCUACCAAAUGUGGAAUCAUCAUUGGAAAAGGUGGAGAAACAAUAAAACAAAUAAAUCAGCAAACGGGUGCCCAUUGUGAGUUGGAUCGGCGAAAUCAGGGGAACGAAAACGAGAAGAUUUUCAUAAUUCGUGGCACUCCAGAGCAGGUGGAGCACGCAAAGAGAAUAUUCAGUGAAAAAUUGGGAAUGGGACCUGGUGGUACGCCUUACGGUGGUGGACAGGGGGCAAUUGGUUACAAUCCAAGUUGGAAUGCAGGUGGUGGAUAUCAGACGUGGCCUGGUGCUGGCCAGGGACAACCCAAUGAUGCCAACAGUGCAGUACAACCUGUUCAGGUUAAUCCACAGACCGGGCAGCCUGAUUACAGUGCCCAGUGGGCUGAGUACUAUCGAUCACUGGGUAUGCACAGAGAGGCUGAGAUGAUUGAGCAGCAAUCGAAGCAGGCUAAACCUGAUCAACAGCAGCCAACACCACCAGGUGCACCAGCCGGUGCCACUGGACAGCCACAGCAGCAGCCACAGGCUAAUCCACAGCAGCAGGUCAAUCCUGCCCAGAAUGGAGGACAGCAGCAGGCGGAUUACAGUGCACAGUGGGCUGAGUACUACAGAAGCAUGGGAAAAAUUAAGGAAGCUGAGGCCAUUGAGGCACAGAUGAAAGCUGGAAAGUUGGGUGCGGCGAAUAAUCAGAUGGCUCAACCCCAGAUGCAGCAGCAGCAGGCAAUGCCAGCACAACCAGCGAAUCCUCAAGCAGGAGCACCAAAUGCAUUUCCCCAUGCCUAUGGGGCAUAUCCAGGUAUGAAUGCAGGCUCAACACCAGCUGCCUAUUAUGCUGGUGGUGGUGGUGCUGCAGCACCUCAGCAACAACCUGGCCAGCAGAAUCCAGCAUUCGCUGGUGGAUAUCAGAAUUAUCCAUAUUCACAGCCCAACUCCGACAACUAAUGUCUCCACCUGGUUUAUCAACAGUGAUUACUAUUUUUUUCAGAUAGCUUUCCAUUGGGACGCGGUUAAAUGCCAGCUGUUGUCUUCAUAAUAGUCCUAACGUUAAAAAUAAUCAUUAAAAACGAUAAAUAGAACCUACAGAAUGAUUUAAAGAAAUCAGAAUGACCACAGAUGCUUUGAUUAGAGGAAUGAGCCACCAAGCUUUCAAAAAAAAUAUUAUUUAACUUCAGAGAUAAAAAAAGAGAGAGACGAUAUCAAUCGAAAUGACACGUUAAUUUAUUACGAUUACAAUGUCCUCCGCUCUUUCUUCUCUUUUUUUUUUUAUAAAUCGUGUAUAUAUGUAUCCAGCUACAUAUAUGCCUGUAGGAUAUCCAUUGUCUACUCUAAGGUUCAUAUAUUCAAAACUACGAAUGAUAAAACUUAUGAAAUUAUUGAGAAAACAAUAUCGGAAUAGUAUUAUGUAUGAGGAUACCAUCAUUAUGUCCAUGUUUUCCAUUAAACUCUGACAUUUCUUCUUAUGCAUAUGAUUAUUAAAGUAAUUAACACGAGGGGAAACGAGAGAUGUAUCAUAUCUGCUGAGGGGUGGGAGGGGCUGAGGGGAAUUUUCGUCAGGAUUUUUUCUGGGGAAUUUCGCACGUUGAGAGAUUAUUCUCGAUAUCUCCGUGAAUCUGGUUGGUUUAAAGAUAUUAGUGUUUUCGUAACUAAAUUGUUUUUGUUGUCUUGUGGGAAAAUUGACGGAAUUUAUUGAUUAAUUAAAUUAUUUUGGUAAUUGGAAUUGCAAAUUGAAAAAAAAAUGAGAAUGCGAUUGGUUUUUUACGAAUAUCUUUAGAACCGUGGGUUUUAUGGAAAGAAGUCAAGAGACUUUUUUUUUAGGUAAUGAAAUUUAACAUGAAAAAGUCCUGUGGCAUUUUCCUCUGGCCCCAUUCAGUACCGAGGUAUCGAGCCUGUCACACUAUCCCCGAUAAAAUGGUUAAGGUAAGGUCCCUCAGGUGGUGGCAGUGGAUCGAAGUCUCUUCACGUCUGCUGUGGCUUCCAAUAUCUCAUAAUUACGUUUAUUUACACCAUGUAUCCAUUAAACUGUCGAAAUUUAUUUUACACAUGUAUCCAAAAUAGUAAAAGAAUGAUGUGAAAAAAAACUUAUAAAAUGAUUACGAUAAAUCUUCGCAUAUCGUCAUGCAACAUGUCAAUUCAGGUCCAA